CCCAACAAAAAAAGAAUAAUCAGAAUGGAACCGGACCCAAUGGUCCAACACCAACUCCUAACGGAAACCCUAACCAAAAUAACCCUAAUUAUAACCAAAAGAAAAAUGAUUUAACCACAAAAAUUAGCGCCUUGAAGCAAGAAAUUGAACAAUUAAAAACCAACCCCAAUCCAACUUCCGACCAGCAAGCACAAUUGACAAACAAAGAGAAUGAAUUACAAGAUUUAGAAAAAGAAUUAGAGGAUGUGGAAAAAUCUAAUCCUACUCCACAACAGACACCAUCCGACAAUAAUUUCCCUACUGGUUGA